ACUAUGAUGGAAGCAAAUGGAGAAGUAAAAGCUAAUAAUGCAAGCCUUGUUGAACUAAUUCCUUAUUCCAGUCAACUGGUGGUUUUAGAAAUCAGUGUACCAAGUAUCUGCUACUUGCCAAAAGAAUUGCACUUCAGUAACUCCAAUUUCAGAUUUAGGAUAAAUAUUAGUAUAAAUGAUAUACCAGGCUCAGAUGGGAGCCUAGAUGAGAGGUAUUUAUUUGAAAAUAGUUUGAAACUUGAAGUGGAGGAUGCAAGUGAUCUUGGGGAACACCAAACAAUUCGUUCAUUGUUGAAGAAUGCUGUAGUUUUGAAUUUGGAUAUUGAAAAAAAUUGGAAACAUAUUUGGUUUGAGAAAGAGGAAAAAGAAAUUUUACCAUGCAACUUGAAGUGUCUAACAAUUAAUAGAUGUGAAGAUUUAGAAUAUCUACUCGAAGCCACAUCGGAUAGUACUCCACCUAAUACCUUCCAUCUCCUGGAGUCACUAUCAUUACAUUACUUACCAAGGCUCAUUGGCAUAUGUAAAUCCACGGAUUCAGUUGAGGUUGAAAGAGAAGGUAGCUCUGCAUCAACAACCGUCACUCAUAAACUAUUUUCAUCCAACACCAUUUUGUGGGUACCCAAUUUAAAACGUCUUAUAGUAGGAGACUGUGGAUCACUAGAAGUGGUAUUUGAUCUGGAAGGACUAAAGGUCAAAGAGAACCGCAAGCCCAUCCUAGCAGUACUUUCUGAACUAAAAUUAUGGGACUUAUCUUGGAUGUCAAUUGAUAUUGAUAAAUGUCAUAGUCUGAGAAAUUUGCUCUCUGCUUCUAUAGCAAACACUACAAGGUUUAACACUUUUACCGGCGAUUGCUCAUCGCUGGCUAUACACGACAAAUCGUUGGCAAAUAUAUACCCCAGCGAUUUUUAA